CACAGACACGGCCAUCACUAGCACUUUGUAGCAGCAGGGAUACGGUUUUAACACAGACUCGGCCAUUACUACCACCAGGAAUACGCUUUUAAUACGGAAGCAGCCAUCAUUAGCACUUGGUAGCAGCAAGGAUGCGGUUUUAAGACGGAUACAGCCAUUACUACUACUUCGUAGCAGCAGGGAUAAAGUUUUAACAUGGACUGAGCCAUUACUAGUAGCAGGGAUAAAGUUUUAACACGGACUCAACCAUUACUAGUAGCAGGGAUACACUUUUAACUCGGACUCAACCAUUACUAGUAGCAGGGAUACACUUUUAACUCGGACUCAACCAUUACUAGUAGCAGGGAUACACUUUUAAGAGGAACUCAACCAUUACUGCCAGCAGGGAUACACUUUUAACACGGACUCAACCAUUACUACCAGCAGGGAUACACUUUUAACACGGACUCAACCAUUACUAUAAGCAGGGACAUAUUUGUAACACGGACUCAACCAUUACUACCAGCAGUGAUACACUUUUAACACGGACACAGUUUAGCAGAGACGCAGCUUAGCAGGGUUUUUAAACAUGUCAGGAUCUGCCACCACAUCGGCCCGGCAUCGCAAGCUUCGGGCCUCAACAAUUGAUAUGGACGACACUGAAAGUCGGCUGUUGGACGAAGGGGAGAUAAGUCUAAACAAGAAGGCCGUCUAUGAGCCAUCUAUUCCUCAGCGGUGUCGACAGCUGGUCUGCAGUCGUGGAUGGGCGAUAACGAUUCUCGUACUCAUGGGUCUGUUUCUCGUCCUCAUAGCGAUAAUCGCAUCUUUUGCUCGGCCGCAGCCGACCGUCUGCCCGGACGUGUCUCAAAUUAAACAGUCCGACACAUCGCCCACAACCACCCCAGCACCACAGUACAUCUCGACGAACGGACAAUCGUUUCCAUGGAAACACCUCAAACUACCGAGAUCAGUGAUUCCCGUGAGUUACGACAUUCACAUGCACCCAAACAUAUCGGAACAAACUUUCAAGGGCAAGGUCACAAUCCUUGCUGACGUUGCCGAGGCAACGGAUUUCAUUGUUUUCCACAUUAAAGAUCUGAAGAUACCGCACUUCAGUGUGCAGUCUAAGAAAUCAGGGCAGACGAUCCUGACGUCAGAGUAUCUCGAGUACAAGCACGCGGAGCAGUUUUACAUCAAGUUGAAGGUCAAACUGCAGCGCGGAGAGCAGAUCCAGCUGGAUGUCACGUUCGAAGGUCAACUCAUAGAGAAACUCUCCGGAUUCUAUCGCAGCGUCUACAAGACACUCAGCGGGGAAGAAAGAGCCAUAGCAACCACCCACUUUGAGCCUACAGAUGCCCGCGCUGCGUUCCCGUGUUUCGACGAGCCGGAGUUCAAGGCCAUGUUCACGAUGAACAUGGUUCGAGACGGGUCUCACAUCUCACUUUUCAACAUGCCGCUCAGACAAACGGAACCGCUCGGUGGCAACGGUCUGGUGGUCGACCGCUUUGAAGAGAGCGUCAAGAUGAGUACGUAUCUGGUGGCUUUCGUCAUCUGUGACUACGCCAACAUCUCCAAAACCAUGGACAAUGGAGUUAAGGUCACCGUGUACACUCCCCCGGAGCAGAUCGACCAGGCACAGUUUGCCCUGGAGGGUGCCGUCAAGGCACUGAAGUACUACAACGACUUCUUCGGGGUGCCAUACCCUCUUCCAAAACAAGAUCUCGUUGCUGUUCCUGACUUCGCGGCCGGCGCGAUGGAGAACUGGGGUCUGAUCAUCUACCGCAUGACGGCCAUCUUGUAUGACGAGAAAGUCUCGUCUCUUGCCAACAAGCAGUGGGUCGCCGUGGUGGUGGCUCACGAACUCGCUCACCAGUGGUUUGGAAACCUCGUUACCAUGGAGUGGUGGGAUGAUCUCUGGCUAAACGAAGGAUUCGCGUCGUACGUCGAAUACAUCGGCGCUGACGUCAUCCAGCAUGACUUUGCAAUGCAAGAUCAGUUUGUGCUGGAGGUACAGAGCGCUAUGUAUCUCGACAGUUUCAGUAACUCGCACCCCAUCCACGUCCCGGUCAACGAUCCAUCACAGAUCAACGAAAUAUUUGAUAAAAUUUCUUACUCCAAGGGAGCAUCCAUUCUGCAUAUGUUAGCGACGUUCCUGGGUGAAGAUAAUUUCAAGUCUGGACUCACGGCUUAUUUAAAGAAACACAAGUAUGGCAACGCCCGCACCAACGACCUUUGGGCUGCCUUGCAAGAGGCAUCUCAUGACAUCGGUGUGGAUGUAACAGCCAUAAUGGACACAUGGACAAAACAAAUGGGCUAUCCAGUCGUGACACUGGCGAAACAGAAUGGCCAACUCGUACUGACGCAGGAACACUUUCUACUCAACUCACAGGCAGUUGACGAUAGCGGGGAAUUCACUUCACCAUACAGCUACAAGUGGUAUAUUCCGUUCUCCAUGACGACGUCAGUAAAUUCCGGUUCAGCAACUACAGUGUGGAUGAACAUGUCCUCAGUCUCUAUCCCCUAUCCUGAAGGCAUCACCUGGAUCAAGGGUAACCCAAAUGUGACCGGUUUCUACCGAGUGAACUACGAUUCUGACAUGUGGAAGAUGAUCUCCCAGCAGUUACUAGCAGAUCACAAGGUAUUCACAGCCGCUGAUCGAGCAGGUUACAUUGACGAUGCCUUCACCUUAGUGAGAGCUGGCAAAUUAAGUUUAAAAACUGCUCUAGACUUGACGAAAUAUCUUGAGAAAGAGACAGAUUACAUCCCAUGGAGAACAGCUAUAGAUAACCUUAACUUUAUCGAACACUUGAUCUACUACAAGGAGAUAUUCUCCACUUAUAAGAAAUAUAUGCUGAAACUGAUCAAUCCCUUGGUUACCUCCCUUGGCUGGAAGGAUACUGGAAGCCAUCUUCAAAGGUUUCUAAGAGGACACAUUUUACAUUUAGGUGUAGAUCUGGGGAACAAAGAGGUUAUUGCUAAGGGGAAAGAACUCUUCCAGAAGUGGAAAACUGAUCCUGCAAGCCUAUCUCCCAACCUGAAGAAUGUUGUGUACAAGGCCGGGGUGGAGAAUGGGGACGAGGCUGACUGGCAGUUCUGCUGGGAUCAGUACAACGCGACCAACGUCCCGUCUGAGAAGGCCAAACUCCUCAACGCCAUGACCUACACGAAGGAUGUCCGCCAAAUAGAACUAUAUCUCGGGUACAGUCUCGACAAGUUGAAGGUCCGGUCCCAGGAUUCCAUCUCGGUUAUCACAGGUUUGGCCUCCAGCCCAUCCGGUCAGCUCCGAGCUUGGAGGUUCCUCGAACAGAACUACGACGAGCUGUACAAAAGAUAUGGUGUCGGCUCGUUUCAGUUUCCAAAUCUCGUGAAGGGUGUGACAGGAAGCUUCAGAACAGAGUUUGAUUACAAUGAGGUCAAAUCGUUUUUCAGUACACGUGAGGUUGGAUCUGCAAAGAGAGCCGUGCAACAAACACUGGAGAAGAUAAACAUGAAUAUUAAUUGGAUGAAAAACCAUGAACAGGAGAUUACCGAUUGGCUAAAAGAAAAUGCAUCUUAAAAAACAUGAAUAUUAAUUGGAUGAAAAACCAUGAACAGGAGAUUACUGAUUGGCUAAACAAAAUUUCAUCUUAACAGGAAUAUUAAUUAGCUGGAAACAAAACUGGUACAGGAGAUUUUGGAUUGGCUAAAGGAUCUCAGGGAAAAGGUUUCUGAUUGGGUCAGACAAAAUAUAUCUUAGGAAAGAGAUUUCUGAUUGGAUCAAAGAAAAUACAUCUCGGAAAAGACAUUUCUGAUUGGUUAAUGCAAAACAUUUGAGGAAAGAUAUUUUCUUUUUGGUUAAAAGAAAAUAUCUCUUAGAAAUAAGACUAGUGUUACAUUUUUAUUGUUUGCAAAAAUGCUAGAUUUAAGAUACACAUUCAGUUAUAAUAAUAUGUUAAUAUCUGUUGAUGACAGAUGUAUUAUUAACUGCAUUAUUCCAGCUAGUUUGAAUUUUGAAACACACAAAUGUAUUUUCAGGAAAAUGGCGCCAGCAAUAUUUCCCUGUCAAUAGUACUAAAUUCUAGUAUAGUUCUUUCCCAUGUAUUUAUUAAUUUUAUCCUUUUGAAUUCUAUUUUAUAACAUUGUAUUUAUUCAGUGAAAAUAAGUAAUUGUGAUUGGCUGAAAUACUUUUUGAUUUUAUUUGUCAAAAUUUGUCCACCUAAUUUUCUAGAUCCCUGUUUUAAUUGCGAAUUAUUUUACCAAAAAAAUUAACCAUGAAGAUAAUUUAAAAUCACAUUAAAGUUGCAAUUUUAAGAAUAUUUCUGAUAUUGAAGGAUUCAGAAUAAUAGACCCUUUAGUAAAUAGAAUAUAGUUUCAUAGUUUCCACAAGGAGUUUUACUUGUUUACACAAGCUAUUUUUCUGUCUGUCACCAUUGUUAAUCAUGUUUAUUUUUUAAUUUUGAAAUUGCUACGCAUUAUAUCAUGAACAUAGGAAAAACAGAGGCCUGUUAUUUUCAUAUCUUCAUAACAUUGAAAAAAAUAUAUUUAAAUUUUAAAAAUCAAAAUACAGGUAUCUUAUCUUUCAUACAAUUCAAACUUUCACCUGUUAGAUGAUAUACUAGCAGUGUUUCUGCCAGAAAGACAUUUUUGGGUAUGGCACUAUGGAAUUGAAUGCAACCACAAUCAACAGGGGAUAGGAGAUCUCCCCCAGAAAGAAAAUGGGUUACGUUUAACGUUAGAGUCAAGAAAAUCAUACAGUAAUGAUCAGAGUAAUUAAAUUUGUCAAAAGGUUAACUUUAAAAUAAAAAAAAAUCUGCAAAUAUUUUUGGGUAUGGCACCAUACCCGUUUUAAACUCUGGCAGAAGCCUUGACUAGAUUCGGAUUGGACGACAUUACCAAAAAAGAAGGUUAUUGCAUUAUUACAGGUAUGAAAUAUUUGGAGAAUUAUGUUACUGUUGGAAGAUGGAUCAUGGUUAGAAAAAAAGAAACAUGUGUUUUGUAUAUUUCGAACUAAGUUUAUUACAUGUAUUUGUAAUUGUUUGUAAUUAUAACAGUUGUUUUUCAUUUUUGGGAAAUUUAAUGAUAUAUAGAGAUCAUUAUACGAGCUUGUGUGUCGUACUGAUUUUAUGAAACGAGUGUCAAUAUUAUUGUAUCAGGGGUGGAUUAUGGGGGGUUUCCCACUUGUACAGACACCACCACCCCCCCCCCCACUAAAAAAACAAAAAACCCCACCACGUAGAUCUAAAUUGAUGUCCAUGUAAAAUUUAUGUCAAAUUAUAAGCAUUUACAUAUUGUUUCGGAGCGCCCCGCCCCCCCCCCCCCUUACCUAAAGUAUAACCUGCCCCUGUGCGAGAGCAAGGGUGAUACAUGAAUCCCGACACGAGUUUCGUAAAAUCAGUACGAUUUACACAUAAGUGUAAUAAUUUCUUUAUUGUCCACAUUAUCCAAAAUAUAAUUUUUGUGAAUAACAAGCUAGGACCAUGUCAGAACGUUUCAAACGAAACUAAAAAGAGACGACGAUGUCAUUUUGAUAAGCAUUUAUACUGGGGAAGCCGCAUUCAGUUAUGACGUUGCUUCACAAAGGUACAUCAUUAGUUGUGCACGUGAAAUCAUUAUGAUACACGUGGGUCAUACUGGUUAUAUUUCCCUGAAUAUCUUGAACGACGUGGAUGAUAAAGAACAAUAGCACAUUAUUUAUGAAGUUGCUUUGCUAUAGUAUUUGCUAUAAGUUGUGACUGUUAUAACAAAUUCCCCUAGACUGAAAUGCAGUUAUUAUUUUACACACUUGUGUCUUUUUGAAGACUGUGAAGUGGGACCAGUGUUUGUGAUGAAAACUCUAUAUUGUGAUGAGGGACUGAAUAGUAGUUUUGAUGCAAGGCUGAAAGUAUAUGUGUGGAGGGUUUUUUAAUCACAUUUUUUGUUGUUGGACCACAGUAUUUCAUUAUUGUUUUUUUUUUUUUUUUUUUUUUUUUUACAUCUUUUUCUGUUUUUUAAUUUUAUUGGGUUUUUUAUUUUUUAUUAUUAUUUUUUUAUUUUUUUUUUUAUAUAGACUGAACAGAAUUUUGUGAUGUGGUCUGAGACCAGUUUGUAUGAAGUGUUCGUCUUGGUGUUCAUGAUUCAGUACUAAUGUGCAUAUGUCUGUUUUAUGUUUAUAUUUAUAUUUAUAUUUAUAUAUAAUACUACUAUAUGAACAUGAAUGUUUGUCAUGUCUUUAUUGUUAUUUGUCAAGUGUGAAUUUCUCUUGUAAAAAGUGUUCCUAUAUUACAGCUUGGUGUUCAGUGAACUAGCGGUGCAAUGAAUUAUGAUACAGGUAGUGUGAUACAAUGUGUAUCUUAUACCUGGGACCGGCCUCAGUGGCGUCAUGGUUAGGCCAUCGGUCUACAGGCUGGUAGAUACUGGGUUCGGAUUCCAGUUGAGGCAUGGGAUUUUUAAUCCAGAUACCGACUCCAAAUCCUGAGUGAGUG